AAACCCAAACCAACAAACCAACAACAACCCACGAGAGAGAAAAGUUGAAAUCAAACUUUUUCCGCCUGGCCUGCCAGCACCCCGACUUCGCUUUUGGAGCAGAUCGAUCGCGUGGGAGAUUUAGGGGAAGUUAUGAAUGAAUCUCCACCAGGAAGCGAAAACUUGAAGCCGUCAACGAGAAACUAGAACCUCGAGCUGAAAGAGACACAUUUAUUCUUCGCCUUCAUCUUGUUUUAAAAGAUUAAAACCAGAAGAGAAAGAUUAAAAACAAAAACAAAAACACAACCCAAAGAAAUUUAUCAAAGGAAAUAUAAGGCCAGUUGAUUGUAACUCACUGAUCAAGGAAUCGAAGCCAGCUGGAUUUACACACAUACACAUACACACACACACACACAAAAUCAAGCAAAAGUGGAUUAUUAGCCUUGCCUCUCCUCCCUUUGGAGCAAAAGCCGUGGAUUUGACUCAGUGGCACAGAGAAAUUUAACCCCUAGGGCAAAAGAAAAAAAAGGAAAGAAGAAAAGAAAAGAAAUUGAUUUAUCCAGCCUGCCAGAAACCGGUCGAGGGCUUCUAAUGAGAAUGUAUCUUCUAUCCUAUGGAUAUCAGUUUUGAAUUGACCGAUGAAGAGGACUGUUGGUGCCUUCUGGCGAUCGUGCUGGUACUUUGGGCCAUGGGCUGUAUCCAGAGCAUCAGCUGCAAGGCGAAAGGCUUUCGGGAAAGCAUCACGGUCCUGGAGAUCAAGACCUCCAUUGACCCCGUCCCCACCAACAUCGACGAGUCGUCCAGCGUGGUGUUGAGGUACCGCACCCCGCAUUUCCGCGCCUCGGCUCAAGUCCUGUUGCCUCCCGUGCCCAAAAAGGAGACCUGGAUUGUAGGCUGGAUACAGGCUUGCAGUCACAUGGAGUUUUAUAACUACUACGGCGACCAUGGCAUGUCAAGCUGGGAGCUUCCUGACCUCCUGGAGGGCAAGAUCCAAGCCAUCAGCGACUCAGACGGCGUCAACUACCCCUGGUAUGGCAACACCACCGAGACCUGCACCAUCGUAGGUCCCACCAAGAAAGAAGCCAAGUUCACCGUCAGCAUGAAUGACAAUUUCUAUCCCAGCGUCACCUGGGCCGUCCCAGUGAGCGACAGCAACGUGCCCAAGCUGACGUGCAUCCACCGUGACCAGAGCUUCACCACGUGGCUGGUGGCCACCAACGCCACCACCAACGAGAUGGUCAUCCUUCAGACUAUCAAGUGGCGGAUGAAACUGGGCAUUGACGUGGAGCCCAGCCAUCCCCUCGGGCGCCGGGCCAAGCUGAGGGAACCUUCUGCCCAAGAGCAGCCCCAAAUCCUCAGCAGGAACGAGCCCAUCCCACCCAGUGCCCUGGUCAAACCCAACGCCAACGACGCCCAGGUCCUCAUGUGGAGGCCCAAUGACGGGCGCCCCCUAGUGGUGAUACCCCCAAAGCGUCGGUAAUCGGAGCCCCCCUGUGGCAAGGGGGGGGUAGGGAGGAAACAAGAGGAACGGAGAGGGGGGAAAGAAAAGAAGAAGAAAAGAAACACUUCGUAUUUAAGAGAGAGAGAGAGAAAGAGAAAUCAGCAAAAACAGAGGUGCACUUUUAAACUCAUUUAUCAGAAAAAAAAGCAAAUCAAAAUGCAGCCAUUCUGCCUUGUCCCAUCAGAACGGAUUUCACUGUGCUCGCCAAGGUCAACUUUAAGGACUGCCUUCAAGAUUUCUAGCCUGGUUGUGUGUGUGUGUGUGUCUGUGUGUGUGUGAGGGGAGGGGAGGGAAGGGGGAUUUGGGUUGUCUGAGUCCCGAUGCCUCCGCUCUUACUUCCAGGUUUUUAAAAAUUUGCUUUUUUCCUCCCUUCGGUGGUUAUUUGAUGUUCUGUCGGGUGGGUUUAAGGCUGGCGGGUUCUGGAGAAAGAAAGAAAAAAAGUGAGUUUUAUUUG